AUGGAUGAAGAGGAGCAUGAGGUGUACGGAGGUGAAAUCCCCUACGUCGACAUGUCGGCCGCCGAUGAAGACGCUGUCAAGGAAUUGGAUGAAAUGAAGAAACGGUUGAAGGAGAUGGAAGAUGAAGCGGCGGCUCUCCGUGAAAUACAGGCCAAGGUCGAGAAGAAAUGGGGACAAACUCAAGAUCCUGCAAGUGCUGCAGCUAAUCAGGAGAGCAAAGAGGAAGCUGAUUCACGAUCUGUUUUUGUUGGCAAUGUUGAUUAUGCAUGUACACCCGAGGAAGUGCAACAGCAUUUCAAAUCUUGUGGCACUGUAAACAGAGUUACUAUUCUGACAGACAAGUAUGGUCAACCAAAAGGAUUUGCUUACGUAGAGUUCCUGGAAGCAGAGGCUGUUCAAGAGGCUCUUGUGCUGAACGAAUCUGAAUUACAUGGCCGCCGGUUGAAGGUUUUAACAAAACGGACUAAUGUUCUGGGGAUGAAGCAGUACCGUCCAAGACAAUUCAAUCCUUAUAUUGGCUACCGGCCUAGGAGACCCCAUGUACCGCCUUAUUUUUAUUCUCCUUAUGGAUACGGGUUUGUUUCUUGUGCAUAGAUUCUCUUCCUCCAG